GGGCGUCAACAAAUGUCACUCGAUCCCGUGUAUUCUUGUUAAUCGAUUGUCAAGUGCAGCAAUUGUAGCAUUGGUUAGCUUAUAAAGACAGAUCAAUCAUGAUCCGUUUCAUCCUCAUUCAAAACAGAGCUGGAAAAACGAGAUUGGCAAAAUGGUAUAUGAAUUUUGAUGACGAUGAGAAGCAGAAGCUAAUAGAAGAAGUUCAUGCAGUGGUGACUGUACGAGAUGCUAAACAUACUAACUUUGUUGAGUUUCGUAACUUCAAAAUUGUAUAUAGAAGAUAUGCUGGUUUAUAUUUUUGCAUUUGCGUUGAUGUCAAUGAUAAUAAUCUAUGUUACCUAGAAGCAAUACAUAAUUUUGUUGAAGUACUAAAUGAAUAUUUCCAUAAUGUAUGUGAGUUGGACCUUGUGUUUAAUUUUUAUAAGGUCUAUACAGUUGUAGAUGAAAUGUUCUUAGCUGGUGAAAUAAGGGAAACUAGUCAAACAAAGGUAUUGAAACAACUCCUGAUGUUAAAUUCAUUGGAAUAAACUUAUUUAACAUUAUUUAAUUCUAUUAAUUGAAUAUAUUAUAUAAAUGUAAAAAGUAAAAUACAUCGAGGACAACAAAUCCUGUUAGUUGAUUUAUUAAUUUUCAUUGCUUUUUUUACAUGAUAAAUUUAGGAUACUAUUAUGUAAAAAUAUAAAAAUGCUAGAAUAAAUGUUAGUGAGAAACAUUUUAAGAAUUUA